GCGCGCGCCAUCAGCCUCCAGCACAGCAAGCUCGCCAUCCAAUCAGCGCAAGGCGGCUGUCUUAUACUGCUGUGUGCUCUUCACUUUUUACACUCUCUGCAACGGCGUCUGAUCCACUGAAGUAUCAACAAGUAUGUUUCCAGACCUGGCAGGAGAGAUUUCAAGUGAAUGAAGCCCUCUUCAAAUCUUUCUUCUGCUUUUGGUCUCUAAUUAAAACUUGGCUGUAGAACCUUUUCCUCUCAAAUGUUUAAUUGCCUCUCAGAUGUUGAUGGACUCGUUUGGAUUCUCUCCAGGACACUCACAAUGGCUUCAAACACCUGAAAAUUAAAAUCACUACUCUACAUAUGCACAAAGGGCGUUGAUAAGGAAAAACUCCCCGCUGUUGGAAUGACACAGUGACAUGUAAUGUUUACUCAUUAAUUUUCCAAUAUGACUUGGAUUAACAAUGACUGCCCUUGAACUGUAGAGCAUUCAGAAAGUAAGUAGCUGGACAUGACUUACCCUGGAGGGUCUCAUGUGUCAAAGAAAGUCUUCAUCCCUCAUGGCUAUCCCCUUAUCUUGAGAUUACUUUUAGCCGUGAUUUGUUUGAGCGUGAUGGGUUUUGCCUGUCCCAAGAGCUGCCACUGCUCCGAGAGGAAUGGCCUAACCGUAGUGCAGUGUUCCUCUCGCAACCUUGUGGAGAUCCCCCCCGACCUUCCGCACGAUACUGUGUCACUUCAACUGUCCUCUAAUCGCAUAACCAAGAUCCCAAACCAGGCUUUUAAAAACCUUCCCUGGCUCCAAGAAUUGGACUUGUCAAGGAACGCUAUUGAAACCGUGGACGCUGGGGCUUUUCAAGGUGUCACGGAGAGCUUGAGGGCGCUCGACCUGUCCCAUAAUCACAUGCAAAGCGUCCCCAAGGAGGCCUUCGCUCGGCUGCAUGCCAAGAUCAGCCUGUCCAACAACCCGUGGCAUUGCGAGUGCACCCUGCAGGAGGUGUUGCGCGAACUCAGGCUGGACCCCGAGACGGUGAACGAGGUGAGCUGCCACACCUCUGUUCAGGAAGAGUACGCGGGCAAACCUGUCAUCCAAGUCUUGGAUUCAGGCAUAAACUUUUGCAACUUCCACCAUAAGACUACCGAUGUAGCCAUGUUUGUCACCAUGUUUGGUUGGUUCACGAUGGUCAUCGCUUAUGUCAUCUAUUACGUACGACAUAACCAGGAAGAUGCCAGGAGGCAUCUGGAGUACCUCAAGUCUCUGCCAAGUAGCUCCCAAAUUAGUAAGGAUUUUGACACAAUCAGCACUGUUCUCUAGCAUCAAUCAAUGCAGUGUAGGAGUGAAUGUGUUUGGCACAGUGAUGAUGGCACAACAGCAAGCCUUAUAAGGAAGAGUGGGGCAAGAUGUGUCAUUUAAUGAAGUCGUCCUCUAGGAAAGGAGAAAUGAUGAAUCACUGAUGAACAUGUGAAAGAUUUAAAUUUCAAACACAUUUUGAUAAUGCACAAACCAAUUCCAAAGUAUUAUUUUGCUGGACAUUAUUUUAAUUUAAAUGUUUUAUUAUGAUAGUGUUUUUGUGCAGUUGGAACCAAAUCUUACCAAAUGCCAA